UGCAUAUACACAUAUAAUGUCGGGCUAGGGCAUAUUUUUAGCCAUUAAUAUUUUAAUAUCUAACUUUUAAGAAAAAAUUUAUCAUAUUUUUAAAACCUAAAUAUGGUUGAUUCCUAUUUCGACAAAGGCAUUGCACUAAUUUUUGCAGAUUUCCUUAGUUUAAUUACAGUUUCAUCAUGUGUUUAUGUCAAAAUUCCUCAAAUAAAAACAAUACUUCAAAACAAAUCUGCUCAGGGAAUAAGUGUUUUGGGAUUAUGUUUGGAAUUAUUUAGUUAUUCCGUAAUGAUGUCUUAUAAUUAUACAAAUGAUUAUCAAUUUUUAUCUUAUAUGGAAUAUCCAGUUUUACUCGCACAGGAAUAUGUUUUAAUAUAUGUAGUAUUUAAAUAUAAAAAUCUUUUAGAAAAGAAAUUUUAUUAUACUGCUUUAGCAUAUGUCGUAUACGCAAUAUGUGUUUACUUUAGACUAAUGCCGUUAGUGAUUUUAUCGUUACUUGUGCCAUUUUGUACCCCAAUUGGUGCGACCAGUAAAGUUCUACAAUUAAUUGAAAUUCUUAGGACGAGAGAUUCUACAGCCGUUAGUUUGACAACAUGGGCUUUGUCAGCUUUUACUAAUUUCACUCGCAUUUAUACGGUAUUUGUUGAAUCUGGUGAUAUGAUGUUGCUAACCAAUUUCAUGAUUUCGUUUUUGCUCAGUUCAUCAGUGUAUUUAGCAGCAUAUUUUUUCAAAAAACCAAAGAUAGUAUAAAGAGGCUAGUGCUACAACUUGACGCUUUUUUUUUCAUAAUUGAAACAGUUAAAAAUACUUAGUCGUUUAAUUCAUAUUAAUUUUCGAUAAUUCCAUUGUAACUUAAAUCUUGAUACAAAAUCAAUUUUCAAUGACAUACUUAGAUCGAAACAACAAAAUCUACAGUUAUACAAGCUGCCAGUUGUACAAAAGCUAAUAAGUUUCUGUUGCAAAAAAAUAGUACGUUCACAAAUUUUAAUUAUACUUAAAAGUCUAACACAUUUCAAAACUUUUUAAUGAAAACUGCAAAAAUAUACUUAAGUCUUUUUAAGAUAUACAUAAGAAUUUUAAGGGCAUAUCUCAUUUAACAAAAAUUCCCGAUUUCAUUUGGGCAGCUUAAACAAGAAUCAAACAGUUUUGUCUAAAUAAUGUUUUUCUUUUUAUUAUCCGUACCUGACAUGAUGUUUUAAACAUUAAAAUCCUUUUUCACUAAAUAGAUAGUUAUGAUAAUUUCUAAACAGUUUUAUAAAAAAUUGUAUCAUUAGACUAAAGUUAA